AUGCCCAAGAAAUACAAGGUGAAGCUCGACGCCGUCGUCGGCCGCUACGACGAGCUCAACGUCUGGCGGAGCCGGGCCCUCGCCGCGGAGCAGCGCCUGUCGGCGCGCCAGCGGUCGAGCCCCUGGCGCGGCAGCCCCUGCCCGAGCGUCGACAGCUGGCGCGAGCGGGCCGUCGCCGCGGAGCAGGCCGAGCGCUUCCCGGACAGCGUCUGGCACGACGUCGACUCGGCGCGCCGGCGGCCCGACGAGUGGCCGGCGCGGCCCGACGCGCGGCGGUGGCCGGACGCGCCCGGCGCGGCGCCGCGCCGCCGGCCGGGGCCCGCGCCGACGCCGCCGCCGACGGCCGAGGUCGUGUCGCCGCUCACGCCGGCGACGCGCUCCGCGGCGCCGACGCCGACGCCCACCGUGCCGCGGCGGCGGGCCGAGGCCGCGAAGCCGCCGCGCGCGCCGCCGUCGAUCGAGCGCGCGCCGCCGCCGAGCGCGCGCGCGCUCGAGGCGCCCGUCGAGCGCGCGCCGCCGCCGAGCGCGCGCGCGCUCGAGGCGCCCGUCGAGGCGCCCGCGAGCGCGCGCGAGCUCAAGCGCCUCGCGCGCGAGCUCGAGGCCGAGCUCGAGGGCCUCGGCGCGGACCUCGCGGCGAUCCGGGCGGCCGCGCGGCCGCCGCCGCCGGAGAAGACCGCGCCCGCGCCGCCGGCGUCGGCGCGGUCGCCGGGCGAGGACGCGUGGGCCGCGCUCAUCGAGACCGGCGCGGCGCCGGACGCGCCCGCGCCCGCGCCGGAGCCCGACCACCACCGCGUCCACGCGAAGCACACGGGCCACGCGACGGGCCUGCACCGCCGGCAUACCGCCGGCGCGGAGCUCGUCGUCGUCGUCACGGACGAGUCGGCGGGCAUCGCCGCGUCGCCGCCGGGCUUCGCGUCCCUCACGGCGCGGGGCGUCGAGCUCGGCGGGCGGCGCUGGGCCGGGAGCGUCCGCGAGCUCGGCGCGCUCAUCUGCGCGUUCCCCUUCGAGCCGAAGGACGCGCACACCGCGCGCGUCUACGUCGCCUGCGAACCGUGCAGCCUCGACCGCGACGCCGUGGUGGCCGCCUUCGACGCUGCGCGGAAGAUCGACGGCGUCUACGAGCGCGUCCGGCCGACGAUCCCCGUCGCCGAGGCCGCGGCGUUCGCGCGGCGGAUGCGGCGGACGCACCUCGUGCACCUCGAGCUCCAGGGCGGGCGCCUCGCCGCGGACCAGGACGAGGACUGCAGCCUGCGGCUCGAGGUCCAGGUGCGGGGUAUGCCCGGGAACCUCGUCGUGCAGGACGUCAUCUCGCGCCUCGACGUCGACAACGUGCUCCGGCGAAUGACCAUCUCGGAGUUCGUCGCCAUGUACGUCAGCAAGAACGAGACGCGCGUCACGCGCCUGGUCGUGGCCGCGACGCCGCUGCGCAAGUCCUUCGCGCGGCGGCUCAUCGACCUCGUGACGGACACGGCGACGACCGCGGAGGGCAUCGUCGACGCCGCGCCCGCGGAGUGGGACGUGGCUUCGGACGUGCUCUGCCCCGGGCCGCUGCGCCUCGGCCAGCGCGGGCCGCGCAUGAUCCGCCUCAAGGUGAUCUGCGAGGACGCCGCCGUCGGCGACGGCCGCUUCCCGCCGCUGCUGAGGGGGCCCGACGGGGAGCACGACGGCUUCGAGAGCCUCGGCGACGAGCCGCCCAUCGUCGUCUUCGUCACCGACGAGAAGACGGGCGACGUGCUCCUCGCGCGGAGCAUCGCGGGGACCGAGGCCUGUCUCUGGUUCACGCUCCACGACGUCUGGACGCGGGUCCGGGGCGAGCUCCUGCUGGACAACCCCUACAUGGAGUCGUCCAAAGGCGCCGUCCCGACGGCCUUCUACUCGACGAACGAGCGGAUCUGCGCCCUCGACUGGAAGGCCCUGGAACGCACCGCCGGCACCGACCUCCUCGGCGCACCGCUGGUCCCGCAUCGCGGCGGACGAUCGGUCCUCGAGCGCGUCGACGAACCCGACGACGUCAAGCUCGGCGACCUCUUUCCCCACGACCCGGCGCCCGGGCGCCGCGCGAGCCGGGGCAUCCUCGGCGUCUCGCUCCGCGGCAUCGAGUGGGCCCAGGUGGACCUGGUCCUGCGCGUCGGCAACGGCUCGGGCGACCUCUUCCGGGACGACCUCCUCGCGACGUUCCCCGUGCCCGACGUCAUCAACGAGCCGAGCCUCCAGGACAUCAUCGUCUUCAUCUUCGAGCACCGCACGGUCGGCGGCCGCCUCGGCCGCGAGUUCCGGAGCGUGCUCCAGAUGCCGGAGACGCGCGUGACCCUUGAUGGCGUCGAGCUCGCGCCGGGCGCGCUCCAGUCGCCCCUGGACCGGAGCCUGGUGCAGCCGCUGGCCCUGCACACGCCGGAGGGCGAGCCCAUCGUCAUCAGCGUGCUCUCCGACGAGUUCGGCGAGCGCUUCCGGCGGGACCUGGCGCCCGCGGACGACCUCGGCACGUUCCUCGUGCUCGCCAAGGACGCGCGCGGCCCGCUCUGGGACGUCCUCCGGUGCCCCGCGGCCGACAACCACGCCUCCGUCAAGGACGCCGUCGAGGACGUGUUGGAGAUGCCCGGCGCGCUCGAUGCGGAGGGCGCGUCCGUCUCCUUCUGCCAGGGCCGGCCCGAGCACGCGGAGGAUUACCACACGCACUUUGCGCACCUCGUCGACGGCCAGUUCGUCGGCGAGACGCAACUCAUCGAGGACCCCGCGAGCGUGUCCGUCGCCUUCCUCACGCAGCGCAGCGAGCUGGCGCGCAUCGGCGAUCCGCCCUUCGCGUGCGUCGUCGCCGACUUCCCCGGCUCGACGCUCCGCGCGGGGACGCGCCUCGACGUCGCGAUCUUGCACGGCGACGACAAAAAGGACCUGCUCAAGUUCGACGUCGUCGUGCGCAUGAAGCUCCCCCAGGUCAUCGCGCAAUGGGUCGGACAGGGCAUCGAGCCGACGAUCCACCGGCUCCACGCGGGCGGCGAGAUCUCCGAGAAGAUCUACGACCAUCUGUGCGACGACGUCGUCUGCGAGGUCGAAGAGGCGCGGUCCAUCCGCAUCGCCGUCGACGGCGGGCCGGAGCGCGAUAUCGACUAUGACGACCACCUCGGCGCGCUCCUGGGUCCGUCGCCGCCCGAGCGCGUCGCCGUGACGGUCUGGCUCGACGACCGGCGCAAGAAGGUCCCGCGGACGCAGUGGACCAAGCUCCAGCACGGCUGCUGGGCGACCAUGGCCAAGGAGCGGGUCAUGCGCGGCGAGUUCAUCUACGAGCUCGACUGCUGGAAGCGGCUCACGGUGUCGGGCACGGCCCUCGCGAGCGUCUACUGCGUCGGCGAGAGCGCGUUCCUCGAGACCUUCGACACGCGGCCCCUGCUCGACGCGCUCGGCCGGCUGCCCGUCGCGCUCCUCCAUGACGUCAAGCUCGACUGGCGCGCGUACGACCCGGAGCAGAGGGCAACAUUCGAGCGGGCGCUGCUCGGGCUCCUCGUGCUCUGGCACCUCGUGCGGCCGAGCGAGAACUACGCGGAGCAGGUCGAGCUCGCGGCGACGGUCGAGGGCCACGACGCGUACCGCGGCGCGGUCUCGGGCGCGGUCGCGUUGCAGCUCCAGAUGGAGCUCAGCAAGGUGCCGCGCGCCAAGGAGGCGAGUUUACGAUUUCGCCGCACGCUCCAGCGCAAGCACGCGCCCGAGGCGGUCUUGGCGUUCGUGUCGGCGAAUAUCCCGGCGGGCGUCGCGCGCCUUGUCGACCUCUUCUCGCAGCCCCUGGGCUUUGGCAACGGCGAUCGAAUCGACGCGGAGGGCUUCGAAAAGCCGACGAUCCUCCUGGAGAAGCUCACGGUUGUCCGCGCGCCCUGCGGGCUGGUCGGCUUGCCGACGUCCUACCCCGACCGCAAGAUCAUGCCCCCGUUGUCGUUGGCGAAGCUCCCCGACUGGGACACAUCAAAUCCGGACGCGUUCUUUUGCACGGCGACCGACAUCGUCGCGCUCGCGUUCGCUACUCCGGCUCAUCUGGUCGUGGCUGAAGCCGACGCGGACGCGCGCGUCGCGCGCGAGCUCGGCACGGGCGGCGCCCACCUCGACGUCGCCGAGGUCUUCGGGGUCCUCGUCGACGAGAUCGGGCGCACGCACAGGGGCGAGUCGCCCGCGGCCGUGCUCCGGACGAAGGGCCGCAUCGCGCAGGCGGCCUGCGCCGCGUGCGGCGCGUCCAACGGCGAGAAGCCCAUCAAGCUCAGCGAGCUCGCGCGGUCCGCGACGGCGUCGGCCAUCGUCCACGCGGCGAAGACGGGCCGGGCGAGGAGCUUGGAGGACGUCUACCGCGAGGCGCACCGCCACGCGGGCAAGAGCUGCGACGCGUGCGGCGCGCCGGGCGCGUGCGCGGUCGUCCACGACCUCGACAAGGUCGCCAAGGCCCUCGUGCUCUCCGUGGCCUGGUUCUCCACGGACCAGGACGCGGCCGACGUCCGCGCGUUGUUGGGGCUGGCGGCGAAGUCGCUCGACGCGCGGCGGUGCUUCGAGGACGCGACGCCCAAGGAGCCCGCGGUCCGCAAGCUCCACCUCGUGGCCAUGGUCACGUUCAAGGACAACCACUACACGGCCUUCGUCAAGGACAAGCACGGCCACUGGACCUGGCACGACAAGGCCGAGGCGACGGCGUGCCGGGGGUGGAAGGACGUCGUCGACCGGUGCUGCAAGACCAAGGGCGCGCCCAUGCUCCCCUACCUCCUCCUCUACGACAACCCCGUCGAGGUCCCGCCGGCAGCGAGGUAA